AUGCUCAACGAGGACGGAGCGAGAGAAGAAACAUCCACGACGACAACAACGACAGUAGGAAGGCCAUGGAUCGUUCUGUCUCACGAAGAGAAAGGAGGCGGCCGAGAAGUGGUCACAUUGGUCGACUUGGCCAAGGGUGUGUACUAUUCGAGAGAGAAGAAUAGCAUAGAAGCGAGGCUGAGAGGGAAAAGAGUGUAUGCUCAGGGUCAUGGGCGGGUGCUGUUGAUGAAUCUUGACGAGGCAGCAGCAGAAGCAGGGGAUUGUGUUUUGCUGAACGUGACGUCCAUGGUUUUUCAUCAGCUACCACCAUGGCAAAAACGUGUCAACUUCAUCUAUCGAUGCAGCUUGCUCCACUUACCCGAUGAUGCCGAUUCCAAGCUUACGGUCAUGGUCUUUGGUGUAGAUGAAGAUGAGGAGGAGAAUCAACACGCUGUGGCAAUGUUGUGCCAAGUCGGUGACAAUGAGUGGACAGUUUGCGAGGGAGGCGUUCGCGUGGUUGGAGCCAUUGCCUGCCAAGGUAAACUCUACGGGAUUGGUUUCCCAAACAGAUUUGUUGAAAUCGAGGUACGACCGAAAUAUCGGGUCAGACGAAUUCCAGAUGUUGAUGUUCCGAGCUACUACAUCAAGGGAUGCUUCACAAGAAAUUACUUGGUCGAGUCCUGCGGCGAAAUUCUCUUCUUUUACCUACACGUCGCUGGAAAUCUGCUCAAGAAUCGGCAUGUGAACGUGAUCGUUGAUCUAAAAGCGUAUAGGAUAGAUGUGGAGAAGAUGAAAUUGGAAGCGGUGGAUGAUCUUGGCGACCGGGCCUUCUUUCUCAGUUCGUCAGACAAGUGUUUCGUUGGGUCAGGUGGGUUCGGCUGUUGCGCUAGCAAAUCGGGAUUUGAAAGGAAUACCAUUUACUUGGUAAAUCAGUCCGAUAGUUGCUUGUACGCAUACGACUAUGGGGAUGAAAGCGUUUCGAUUACAUUGUCGUGCCCUGCAGUGGAAACUUGCUCGAUGCAGCGCUUAGUAGUUAGCUAA